GCGCGUCCGUCAAUAAACACCGCAAUAGAGAGAGCGAGAGAGCGCGAGGGAGAGCGAGAGAGAGAGAGAGAGAGAGAGAGGGGGAGAGGCGACCGCCACCAUAGAAACGUAAGAGACGUAGCAGCGCACGUCGCACACCGCGCUCACGGAACCCAAGACAGACACCAGUGCGCAUAGCAGCUGACACAGGCGCAGCGACGCACUGCUGCCGUACAGGGAUUCUCAAACUUGACAUUUCGUCGCAAGAGACUGCGCUCAGAGAAGAGACGCCCGGCCGCGCAUCCGCCGGUAAGCAUACGUAAUCGGCAGCUGACAGACAAAGAGGAGCCUUAGCAGGUACACGGGGGGACGAUGGACACAGCGCUCCGCUGCUGCAUGUGGGUCGGGGUGGCGCUGCUGAUGCUCAUCACGGUGACGUCAGCACUCGAUCCGGCCCUCAGGGAGAAACUUCGCAUGCGUCACCAGAACAACAUACAGGAAUCAUGCGGGGUCAUCUCAAAGUUACAGCUCACCCUUCUCGACAGAGUGUGCGAAGAUUGCCAUAUGAUGUUUCGGAUACAGAAUCUCCACAGUCUAUGCAGGAUCAACUGCUUUCAGAACUACUACUUUCGCUCGUGCGCUAAGGCGCUAUACCAGGCUCCGCUCCUGACCUACGUGGAAAGGAGACAACACGGAGAGAACUCUGUUCUGUACGACUGACGGUCGGUGAACGACCUGCUGCGUUCUGCAGGGUCUCUCGGCUGAACUUGUCCGCAUUGGCGCCGGCCUAGCCCCGAACAGAGUUACGGCAGUCGGCAAGAAGCGAGGGCAUUGACGGAACGACGCCGGAACCCACGUUAGGCAAAGCGAAUCGGAACGACGACGAAACCUGGAGGACAUCUGCCGAUAUGAUAGUUAGCACAUCAUGAUAAUAACAGCAACAGAGCUCUGUGCGUGCUUAUGUAUGCCUUUCUCUCUGUGUGUGUGUGUA